AUGUCACAGACCGUCAGCUCCCAGCUGGUCAUCUCGACCUUCAUCGACGCUAUUCGCCCUCCAUUCAAUUUUAUCGUCGGAGUGACUGCGUUAUCUGCGUGUUUGGUCACUUUGCUGGUUGUCUUGUUCGUCUUCUCGACCCACGAGUCACGCAGGCGCCCCGUAUUUUACCUGAAUGUCAUAGCCAUCUCGAUUGCUGUGGUUCUGAGCAUUCUAAACGGUAUCACGAGUGGUAAAGCCAUCUUCGACCCAUUCAGACCCACGGGAGAAGGGAUUUACAUCGCAACGAUCUCCUUUGCGAUUUUCCCUCCUGUAUUUUAUGACUCGAUAUUGCUCACUCGUUUCCUCGCCCUAUACCCCGUCAAUGUGACCCCCAGAUCCACUCUCUUCAAGAUAUUUAUGUUCCCAUUGUGUAUUAAGUGUGGUCGUCUCAUUUCCUUGUAUCUUCGCAAAUUCGCUCAGUCUACGAAACUACUACUGUCGCUGGAACAACAUGCACAGGCUACGUGGUAUCGGAAUCCAUACAUAACGGCGGAAUGGUCGAUGCAGAUGUUAGACAAUGUAUAUUCCGUCAGCAUCUUUUUAUACAACCUCCAUGCUAGAACCUCCAAGAUAAAAUAUUGGCGGAUCCGGCAAAUAGCUCUUACUUCUGUUGCUAACUUCGUCUUCCCCCUCUUUCUCAACCUCGCACAAAUCGUUUGUAUCACCACAAGUCACUCUUUCGCAACGGGAACCAUGGUUCUGCUAGCAAACAACUACGUCAGUGUCAUUGGUGUGUUGUGCACUACCAUCUGGUUUUCUGGGUCAGAAUGGGUCCGUGAUACCCAGCGAACUAUGGGUCCAGAGCCCUUUCAUGGGUGCAGCAGCCAGGCAAAGGAAGGGCGCUUCAUUAGGUUCCGACCUGGAUCAGAUGAGAAUGAUGGUUAUGCAAAGCAAAGCCCCUGGUUGGUGGAGGCGGACGGACAUACCUUUGGACAGGGUACUUUCGGGGCUUGA